GGAUCAAAUCUGUACCAUCUGACGCUCAAGGAUUUAUGGGUUUAGUCAAAAUUGCUUUUCCCACUGUGGAGAUUAAGCACAGUAGGAUGUUUUCCUGUCAGCCCGUAGAAUAGCCGGGUGUUGCUGCUGCUGUUUUGCUCCCUGUUAUCGGCUCGGGCGCUGGAGAAGGCAAUGUCUCAGGAGGGCAGAGUGCUCCAAACCCUGGUGGGAAGUGGAUUCUGAUUGACAGGAGUGGUCCCGUCCUCUGGGGAAUGUGAACCAUGCAGGUGGAAACGGUACUCAUGCUUUUCUGUGUUUGGCUGGCGGGCACAGCUGCCAAGAUGGUUCAACCAAGAGGUCACAAGCUGGAAACCUACAAACAAAGCAGGUCACGAAGAGAAACCAGAAUGGAGGGAGGAGGAGGUCAGAAGACCGGAAGCCCAAUUUAUAAACGGAGUCCAGACCUGACAAAAAACCCGAUGACGAAAUCGGAGCAGCUCCUGAGGAUAGAUGAUCACGAUUUUACCAUGAGACCAGCGUUUGGAGGUCCUCCGAUACCUGUUGGAGUAGACGUUCAGGUGGAAAGUAUUGACACCAUCUCUGAGGUGGACAUGGACUUCACAAUGACGUUAUACCUGCGUCACUACUGGAAAGAUGAGCGGCUGUCGUUCCCCAGCAAUAACAACCAGAGCAUGACCUUCGACAGUCGCCUGGUGAAGAAAAUUUGGGUUCCCGACAUGUUCUUUGUCCACUCUAAGCGCUCUUUCAUCCAUGACACCACCACUGACAACGUCAUGUUGAGAGUCUAUCCUGAUGGCAAUGUGCUCUACAGCCUCAGAGUCACGGUCACUGCUAUGUGCAACAUGGACCUCAGUCGCUUCCCCCUGGACACCCAAACCUGCUCACUGGAGAUUGAGAGCUAUGCAUACACAGACGAUGACCUGAUGCUGUACUGGAAGAAAGGAAAUGAGUCCCUGAACACGGAUGACAGAAUAUCUCUCUCCCAGUUCCUGAUCCAGAAAUUUCACACCACCACAAAGCUGGCUUUUUACAGCAGCACAGGCUGGUACAAUCGUUUGUACAUCCACUUCACCCUGCGGCGCCACAUCUUCUUUUUCCUGCUGCAGACUUAUUUCCCCGCCACUCUGAUGGUGAUGUUGUCCUGGGUUUCCUUCUGGAUUGAUCGCAGGGCCGUGCCUGCCAGGGUGCCGCUAGGGAUCACCACGGUGCUGACCAUGUCCACCAUUAUCACCGGAGUCAACGCCUCCAUGCCACGGGUGUCCUACAUCAAGGCAGUGGACAUUUACCUCUGGGUCAGCUUCGUCUUUGUCUUCCUCUCAGUGAUAGAGUACGCAGCUGUGAACUACCUCUCGACCGUGCAGGAGAGGAAAGAGAGGAAGCUCAGGGAGAGACUGCCGUGCACUUGUGGAAUUGGCAACCCAGACGAAAUGAUGAUCGACCCACAGAUCAGUGGCUAUGGGUCCUUGGAUGUCAACAACACAGGAAAUUAUGGGAUACCUGAGAACGGUGGGCGCCAGGAGCGAAUUCUGGCCCAGGUGGCGCUGAAUGACCCCCAGAUCACGGGUCAGGUGAAGGGAUCCAGAGGCUACGUUAACAUCUGGAUUGACACCCACGCCAUAGACAAGUACUCCAGGGUUCUCUUUCCGGGAGCAUACAUCCUCUUUAACAUCAUUUACUGGUCCAUUUACUCAUAAACUGGGAUGCUUUGAGUUACAGAGGAGUCGUUUGAUGGGACAGCUGGCACUCUGUUCGUUGUGCACCAGCUAAAACGACGCUGACAGAGAAAAACUGGGGAUCAUAAACAGAAGGGAAGCCUUUGCCUUUUUGCCCCAGCCACUUAAAACAAUUAAGGAUGCCGUUUUAUCACUCCGUCAGAUCUGUGUGCUUUAGUGUGUCUGACCUGCUGAUGACAGCAGGUUUAGACUUUACUGUCGUGUUACCAAGAGGUGAAAAUAUACGGACUUCACAGUUUGCAGUGCACAGAUCCACUCCACACACGAACUGGAGAUGACAAUCAUCAAGAUGUUAAAAGGUUCAGAGGAGCAAAGCGGCACUUUGUCAUCUGGCUUUUUUGGACGGUUUCUGGUGGAUAGAAUCAAUACAACUCAUCCACAACAUAAGGAAUUUACCUUGGGGAAAACUUGCAAAGAAUUGCUUUUUCCAAGGAUGAAGGGAAACUUCCUGUCAAUACCUCUAAAUCUGACCUUAUAAAAAACCUCAGUCUUUGUUUAGAUUCAAAUCUACAUACAUUUUUUCAUUAUGUUACAUGUUUAACUUUUUCUUUGAGGGAUACACUGGUAGAAAUUUAGAAAAAUAUUGACAAUAAUAUUCCCAUUAUUGCCAAUAAUCGAUAAAAAUCACUCUGCAUUGCCAUCACUGCCAGAUGUCAAGACAAAUAGCACAUAACCAACCCACCUCCCCCUCCCUCCUUUUGAAACACAAACAGCAACAUGAUGUCACAAAAAUCAUCAAAUCUGACCGAUACCAAUAUUAAUGCUAAUACAUUUUUCAUAGGUUUAUCUCAGUCUGUUAAAAUAUGAUAAAAAAAGGAUCAUAUAUGUCCAGUUUCACACACACAACAUGAUAUUUAAAGCUUAUUUAUUUCCAUUUAGGUAACAAUGGUUUACAGUUAAUUGAAAUCACAAAUCCAGUUCCUCAAAAUCAAUUUUGAUGCAGACAAGUUAUUUUAUGGCCAUUGAAAUGUGGAAAUCUGGUGACCAUACAGACUUUCACAGUAACAGUAGGUCUCAUUACAGAGAUGCUUGUUCCCUGUGUAAAGCUUGAAAGUUGAGUGGAGGGAAAAAGUUUUGCAGAGGUAAUGGAAGCAACCGGAAUAACCACAGUCUUGAGAAGGUGGUGAAGUUUUAAAGUUUGGUGAAGAUUUAGGAGAUUUUUUCUCUCAUUGAGAAGCCAUGUCAUCUGCUGGUGGUGUUCCACUGUGAUUUGUCACGUGCACAUAAUCCAUUAUUAAAGCCAAACACUGUGCUGAAUUUUAAAAUGUUUAUGGAAUAAUAAAAGAAAAAUCCUGGAGAAGGCAGGUAGUAUCUAGAGAAGAGAGGAUAGACAGGCUUGGUCAUAAACGGAGCAGACAGGCAGAGGAGGGCGGACAGAAGAGGGAAGGGCAAGAAACACGUUGGAAAGAACAGUCAAAGCAGAACG